AUGGCGAACGCGAAGGCGAAGGCGGACGCCGACCCCGACGCGCCGAAACCGUGGCUGCGAAAACCCGGUCGCGACGCCACCGAACGCGCGGAGCGGGCGCCGGUGAAAACGGCGGAGGUGGUCUCGAUCGAUGGACCCGGGAUCGAGGUUCGAGGGCUGACGUUCAGUUAUCCGGGAUUGGACGGGUCGCCGCUCGCGGGGACGACGCCGUUGAUUCGGGACAUGCGGCUGCGACUGGCGCCGGGGACGUGCACGCUGUUGUUGGGAGCGAACGGGGCGGGAAAGACGACGCUGCUGAAGAUUUUGGCUGGGAAACACUUGGUGCCGCGGGAAAGGGUGCUGGUGCUGGGACGGGAGGCGUUUUACGAUACGGGAUUGACGUCGAGCGGGGACUUGAGUUUCAUCGGCGGAAACUGGCAGCGGGACGUGGCGUUCGCGGGGUAUAAUAUUCCGCUCGCGGGGGAUUUCCCGGCGAGUCGGAUGUUGGAUUCCAUUCCAGGGGUCGAUCCAGCGCGGAAACAGCGCAUCAUCGAAGUGCUGGACGUGGACGUGAACUGGCGAAUGCACAAGGUGAGCGACGGACAGCGAAGACGCGUGCAGCUCGCGUGGGGAUUGAUGUUGCCGUAUAAGGUUUUGUUGCUCGAUGAGAUCACGGUGGAUUUAGACGUGCUCGGUCGCGCAGAAUUAAUGUCGUUCUUGCGAAGCGAGUGCAUCGAGCGUCAGGUCACCAUCGUGUACGCGACGCACAUUUUCGAUGGCCUCGAAUCCUUCAUGUCGCACGUGGCGUUUGUCGCCAAUGGCGAGUUGAAAUUUUGCAAAAAGUUUGAAGAUAUUGAAGGCUUAAAGGACCGCGAGCCCGGUUCUUUGCUCGCCACCGUCGAGGGAUGGCUUCGCGAAGAGUACGUGCUCCAGCGCGAGCGCAAAGCGUUGGAAAAGAAGGAGAAGAAGGACUUCCAAUUUAACCGUAACAACGGAUGGGCCGCCGGUCGAACGACUAGCACCGUUACGUUCGGUCCGACGCUCGAUCAAACCAGGAAUCACACGGGCAUCGCCGGAUCCUCCAACGCCGUCAUGCGCAACUAA